GUCUUCUUUCAAAGAAGACGAGGCCUGAGUCAAGAAACGUUUCUCUGUGUCGCACAGCACGGAUCACAAUCUUCGUGAUUAGGGUUUCGAUUUACAAAAAACAACGUAGAAGGGAGAAGAUGAGAAUGGUGUUUUGGUGGGCCCUACUUUUCUCUAUCAACCUGUACAACCGCGACGUCUUAGCCGAUCAGAUCUUCCCUGCUCAUGCAGGUGGGACAUUUAGCCGCAGCUAUCGAGAACCAAAGUACAAGAUUGAAUUCUAUCCAGAAGACUCACCUUUUCAACCAGACGAAGACCAGGAGUCUGUGGUUAUGCCCAAAAAAAAUGGAGAGAAGUUUUUAUGUUUUUUGCCUAAAAUGGAGAAAUCUAAGAGCGGCAAGCCUGUCACACAACAGAAUACAAGCAGCUUGAUUGUGGAAACUGAAAAGCGGAUUAAAUUGAAGACACCUGAUGAGCUACUUGAAGUACUAAAGGAUCAAUGCUUUGUCAGACAAGAGGGUUGGUGGACCUAUGAAUUUUGUUAUCAGAAGAAGUUGCGUCAACUUCACUUGGAGGAUGAGAAGGCAGUUCAAGAGUUUGUCUUGGGUGUGUAUGAUCCUGAGGCUACAGCUGCUUACAACCAGAACCUCUCCGACAUCUCAACACUGAAAGAUCCUCGCUCAAGAGAUGCAUCACAAAGGUAUCAUGCUCAUCAGUAUGGAAAUGGAACCAUCUGUGAUCUUACAGGUCAGCCUCGAGAAACUGAGGUGCGAUUCGUUUGCUCUGAGCCCAGAGCUAUGAUUAGCUCUAUUACAGAGUUAUCUACUUGCAAAUACGCUCUCACGGUUCAAUGCCCAAUGCUCUGCAAGCACCCAUUGUUCCAAGAAGAGAGACCCGUUUGGCACACCAUUAGCUGUAAGGUUCUCCCAAAAGAUUACAAGGAACCGAAAGAGAAGGAAGACAGCUAUCAAGAUGGGCGGAUUACCAUGGUCACAGACCAUGAAUAUCCAUCUACUUUGGAUUCUGAAGAAUAUGCAACAUAAGUGGUGUUCACACACUUUUUGAGUGUAUUACUGGAAAGAGGAACUUUGUCAAUACCAACUAAACAAACCUGCUGUUAAUCUGAGAUGUAUUUUCGUUAGUUAAACUCAUAUCAGUUGUGUAGUUUUCUUAUCCUUGGUUGGCAUCAUUUUUCACACAAAUUAUUCUUCUUUGUGAUGUUUCAGAUAUUACCGAAAAGAUUUGUGUAUUUAGAGAA